GAGGGGCGCGUCCGGGACGAGGCGCAUGGUGUUGAGGUUAUGAGCGGCUUGAGGGGGGGUUGGUUCGGCACACGGGGAGAAAUGGCGGUAUGGAAUAGAAGAUGAGUCGUGCACAUCUCCUUUGUCUUACCCGACGGCGUCGUCGUCGCGCAGCAGAAGUUUGUAUUGUGGGACCUGUGGCGUUGGAGGAUCCUGCGUCCCCGUCAGUGUCAUCACUGCCUAGCCUUACAUGGAAAUACUACUUGUUUGGCGGCCUCGUUUUCCUCUUCGGUGUUGCUGUGCCUUUUUGCUGUUGCUGCACACCGGUGUUGUUCUCGUUCUGCUGUUUGCCGAUUCCCGUGACGAUGAUGCAUUCACCCGCUCCCUCAUCUACCGGCCACUUUUGCAGGCUAUUCGGGAUUCGUACUUCCAUGUUGUGGUUUGUUUUGGAUCGAGCGUUCGAUAUCCUGUUGGUGGCGCUGCCUGGUGGUUGGAUCAUUUACCGACUCCUUUGCCGCCCUCACACAGAUGAUGAUGCAGGUGACCCGUCCAGCAACAUAUUCCCGGCGGUUGUUGUCCCCAGGGACGGCACCACUCAGUCCCGAUAGCUAGUUACACUCCACGAAAACCGGAGCGGCGCGGUGAGUGAAUUUGGGGGCUGCGGUGCUCCGGCUCCCACAGUGUUCCCUUUGCUUAUUCAACGCGCAUCCCGAUGCCACCGGAACGGACGAUCCAUGCCCCCUUCCUGAGGCGCCUGUGAUACCGUGCAGACGCCGCCGCAA